AUGAUUCCCAUGAUAUUCGUAGAGACAAAUGAUGUGAAUUAUGCGGACAUCAUGAUUGGAUUCUAUUUUGGAUAUCACGGUGAUGAUAGUCCGUUCGAUGGGCUGUUUGGAAUGCAUGCCUACUCUUUCCCGCCAGAAAUUGGGCUACUUCAUCUUGAUGGAGACGAACUGUGGGUGGUUGAUCCAGAUAAACUAAAAUUUGCAUUCUCUACCGAUCUAGAAUCAAUGGCGAUCCAUGAAAUUGGCCACGUACUAGGGUUGGGACAUUCUAGAAUUAAGUCGGCGGUCAUGUACCCAACUACACCACCUAAUAAACGAAUUGUGGAUCUCACUAAGGAUGACGUGAAUGGGCUACAACAAUUAUAUGAGGUAAACCCUAAUUUUAAACCCGGUCCUAAUUGGGAGAGUUCGAGUUUGGAGUACUCUCGUGGAGACAAGGAGUUUUGGUUGGAGCAUGCUUUUGGUGACGAUAGUUCUCUUUUCUUUAUUGAUUGA